UCAGUGUGAAGCGCGCUUCGGCCGUACGCCGGACGAAUGACAUUUGUAGAAAAAAAUUCUCGUUACGUUCCUCAACAGUGAAUUUUAUUAUUAUUUUGAAAAGGACUUUUGUGUGUCUGUGUUUUUGUAUGUAAAUGUUUUGUUGUAUAGAUUGUGCCAGUGUUAAAUAUUUUAAAUCGGAGGAAUUGCUGAUUUUUUUGUAAAGGUCACCAUAAAAUGAAGUAAUAGCCACAAUGGAUUCGCCCGCUUCAUCACAAGACGACAGAGACAUCGAAGUGAACGUGGUCUCCGGCGCCAGCAGCCCAGACAUCACCUCUUCUCCUUCCCGUAAGGACCAGAAGAGCCCCUUCUAUGAUCUAAAGAAGGAUAAAGAAGAGAAGGCAACUGGCAGCGCGCCGUAUACCAGUUUUUCUAUCAGCUCGAUUUUGAACCGUGCGGAGCCGAGAAGAGAGUCAAAUGUUCUUGAAGCGGCGUUGGCUGCUAAUCAUUUUGGGAGUGCCAAUGAUGCCAUGUUAUCGAGAUUGGGUCUGAUAUCUCAGUGGAGCGCUCUAGCCGGGAGGUACGGGGGUUUGGUUCCCGCGCCCUGGUACUGGCAGAGACCACAAGACCGGACUACGCCGCCCAGAGAAGACUCAACCACCAACGAAGAAGGAUCAGCAGGCGGCUCCCCUCGCAUCAGGAGCCCCACCCGAGCUCCCACCCCUCCCUCCCCGUCCCGCUCCUCACCCCGCUCACCUCGCCUCCACCCCGCACUGUACCCCCAACAGCCAGACCCUCAAGACUCCGACCCUGACGUGGACGAGAGCGAUGACUUCGACAAGGACGAGAAACGAGACCCUAAUGCAAACUUAGGGAAAAGAAAGAAGAAGACCAGAACCGUCUUCUCGAGAUCCCAAGUAUUCCAGCUAGAACAGACCUUCGAUAUGAAGAGGUAUCUCAGCAGUUCAGAGCGAGCUGGUCUCGCUGCUUCCCUCCACUUAACGGAGACGCAAGUGAAGAUCUGGUUCCAAAACCGUCGGAAUAAGUGGAAGAGGCAGUUAGCUGCAGAGUUAGAAGCUGCUAACAUGGCUCAUGCAGCUCAGAGGUUGGUUCGCGUGCCAAUUUUGUAUCAUGAAUCCAGGCCGACAUCGAUGCCUCACACGCCAAUGCCACUACAUCCUCAGUUCAAUGAUGGUGUUGGAGGGGUGUACUUCCCUGCGCAGGCUCCUCAGCAGCUGCAGCCGCUGCCGGCGUCUCCUGUGACUUCUAGGGCUCCGUUGUCCAGUCUCGUGUAGUGUUCGCUCGAGCCCGCACGCUCGGAAGACGGACAUUACUGAGUGCUGUCUGUGCGGGGACUGUGUCGACUGUGUCAUGCCAAAUCGUUCAAAUGUAAUGUAUUGUAUAGGUUGGUUAAGACGUUGAAGCGUGUUUUGGUAGGGUCGGAAG